GGCGUGUAUCUUUAAAAGAUACCCCUCCAUUUAGAGCUAUCCGUAGGGACGGUCUGAAAUUUUCUGUCCGCGUAUACGUUACACAGCCCUUCGUGAUCUACGUCCAUCAUCAGAAUCGAAUAAAAGGCGCAUAGAAACUGAAGGAUGUCCUCUACAGCCACGGGCUCAAAUACUAACACAGCUUCUUCAAGCCCAACAAUGAGCUCAAGUGAAUCAUCCAGCAACACCGGGAGCUCCUCGGCAUCUUCGAGCCCUACUAGCAGCAAUUCAAGCAGUUCUAGUAGCUCACCAACCAGCAGCUCAUCCUCUAGUUCAUCGUCCAGCAGCUCCUCCACUCCAACGAGCAGUUCAUCAUCCAGCAGCUCAUCCAGUCCAACCAGCAGCUCAUCAUCCAACACUUCAAGUUCAAGCUCUAGUGAUACAUCUAGCAGCACUUCUAGUAGCUCCUCUAGCUCUACUUCUAGCUCAGAAACGUCAGUCUCCAGUUCUUCCUCUCCCACCCAAUCUGACACGAGCACGGGCUCUAGUGCGUCGUCUACAUCGAGUUCCCGUACAUCCGAUACGAGCUCACCGACGAGCACAAGUUCUAGUACCAGCUCUAGUUCUAGCACCAGUACCAGCUCUAGCUCGACGUCAGAAACCUCCACUUCUUCAUCGACCAGUUCCACUGACACGACCACAUCCAGUUCCACCGAUUCAUCAUCGACCUCUUCCUCUUCUUCCUCAACCGAUUCAUCUGCUUCCUCUUCUACACCAAUCCUCUCCUCUACCACAGAUUCAAACGGUUCUGUCAGUACUUUAACUGUCAGCAUGUCGCCUGUCCCAGGAGAAUCAAAUGAUAACGGUGGAAGCGACAACGGUGCGACAAUUGGUGGUGCAGUUGGUGGUGCAGUUGGAGGUGCGAUCGCCCUAGCUUUGCUUGCUUUGGCCAUUUUCUUCAUCAGACGUCACAAGAAAAAGCAGUUGGAACCAAAUAUGGACGACGCAAUAUUUUCUCCAGACAGAGGCAACGAAGAGAGUGCUGCUGGUUCCUCUGAUCAGCCAACACCAUUCUACGGUGGAUCAUCAAACAUGUCACAGCGUCCAGGUGGUCCAAUCCUUCCAAUGUCUAGGGACCAAGCUGAGGAAGCUACCUCACACAAUCACUCUGCAUUUGAAUCAUUCGACAGCAACUCAGGCGGUCCAUUCAUUGUACCAGCUGCUGCAAUGGGUCAAUCAUCGCAAUACUCUAAUGUUACUUCAAACAACACCGCUGCGAACUCAAAGUUUAGGGAAGCUGGUCUUAACCCAUUAUCAGAGAACGGUAUGAGGAACAAUGCGGGUAUUGGUGCAGCAGGAGGUGCUUUCGCAAGGAGAGUUCCACCGCCUUCUUCAAACUCUCACUACUCUCACACCUCCGGUGGAUCAGAUGUUGCUUACGGUGGCAUAGAUAGUAAUGCAUCUGGUUCAAAUGUAGGUGCAGGUGCAGGUGCAGGUGCAGCAGGACUUAAGUCAAGGCAACCACAGUACGCAGUAACCAAUCAAGAUGAAAUCAUGCAACACACUGAUGGAGGGCCAUUAUCUAAUGAAUAUAACGCACAUCAACAAUCAGAAUUACCACCAACUUACGCCAGUCUUGGAGAUCGAAGCGCAGGCGGGAAUGCCAAGCAGAGACCUUCCGAUGACACUUUCCAUGAUGCAGCCCAAGAUCAUGUCGAGACUAUGAAACCACAUUCUAGAUUAGAUUCUGAUGCCAGCUACCCGGGCCUUCGUGAUCUUACUCAAAAUGAUGAUGGCAGGAUUGCUAAUCACCAGAGGUUAGUAUCUCAAGAAACUUUCCCUAACCCUCACGAAUAAAUAUGCUAUAUAAGUUAAAACACGAUAGACAAUUUUAAAUUUUUCUCAUUAGGACGAAAUUUUUGGCACAAAAUGCCCUACGUUUUUAGGUUCAGGACUUAAAUUAUUCGCUCAUUACCUUUUUAAUUCAGAAUGGAAAUUGUUAAAUAAUUUUGCUAUAUAUC